AUGUCUUUAGGAAACGAUGGCGAUUUUGCUGGCGAUUUUGCCUGCAGUUGCAAAAUGCUACUAUGUAGUGUAGUUUUCACAUCUUCAAAGUCGCUGCUUCCCCAGUUUGUUCCUGCAGACACCCAGUUUUUUCUCGAUGAGGGCGAUGAGCUUCCUCUUGUUGCAUCGAUGGACAAACUCAAUUUGGCUUCGCUUCGAGAUAAAAUCUCCAGUAAGCUCAGCGGUGCAAAUGUGAGUAGCAAGAGCACCAAAUCCAAAAAAUCAGACUCAAAAAAGGACAAGAAACAAGAAAAAAAUGCCCCUGUAGAUGAGGUGUUGCGUCAAGAAGCCAUAGCUUUGGGAGCCACCGAGGAUGAUUUGGCGUUGAUAGGCGACGUGGACGACGCCGAUGUCAGCGAGCAAGAGUUUGAAGCCGAGGGAAACGUCGACUUGAAAUUUUCCACCGAUCUCAAUAGCUACAUGAAAGAAAUAGGACUCGAUGCUCCUGCUUUAGUUGCCGAUGCUGAGUCAGAGCUGGAGGAGGAAGCGAAAGGGGAAGUUGAAACGGUAAAGGAAUCUAAGAAGGAUACGGAAUCCAAAGACAAAUCCAAAGAGGACAAGGAAUCUAAGAAGGACAAAAAAAACAAGGAAUCUAAGAAGGACAAAAAGGACAAGGAAUCUAAAAAGGACAAAAAAGACAAGGAAUCUAAGAAGGACAAAAAAGACAAGGAGUCCAAAGAAGAUAAGGAACCCAAAAAAGAAUCCCAAGAGCCAAAAAAAUCUGACAAAAUCACAGACUUGAGCUCGGUUCUGUCGGCAAAUCUUGCAAUUCCCAACAGACCGGACUGGUACAAUACUCCAGUUGAACCCAUCAGAGAGUCAGAAAAACUCGACCGUUUUGGUAGAGAAAGAGCCCUUGACCGUGCAAAAGCCGCCAUUGAAAAAGACGCUCAAACAUACCUUGCUGAAUUUGCAUCGAGAGAUUCGCAGAGAAAGUUUUUGGCACAAAUCUUGUCGGACGGUACUCUUAACGAUAAAGUUUCCGCUCUCACGUUGUUGGUUCAGGAAUCUCCCAUGCAUAAUAUGAAGGCUAUGGAUACUUUGGUUUCUUAUUGUGGUAAAAAAUCAAGAAAUGCUGCACUUCAGUCGAUCAAUGCACUCAAAGAUUUGCUUCUCAAUGGUCUUCUUCCAGAUAGAAAACUUGUUUCCUUUGCCAAGCAGCCUCUUCGCAGAGAUUGUUCAGAUGUCCAGCUUGCGGUGUGGUACUACGAAGACUACUUGAAAACCCAAUAUUUCCAGUUCAUUACUAUUCUCGAGCAUCUUUCGCAUGAUCCCAUUGUCCAUGUUCGCAUGAAUGUCAUCAGCCAUAUCUUUGAUCUACUCAAAGCCAAGCCGGAGCAAGAAGCCAAUCUUUUGAGGUUGGGAGUGAACAAAUUGGGAGAUACCGACAACAAGGUUUCUGCCAAGACUUCAUACCAGAUUCUUCAGCUCGAACAGGCCCAUCCAGCAAUGAAGAAAAUCAUUACCGAUGCUGUGAUCGACUUGAUGCUUCGUCCCAAUGUCGAGUACCAUGCGAUUUACUAUUCAAUCUUGACCCUUAACCAAACGAUUCUCACAAGAAAGGAAAUUGACCUUGCAAACUCUCUCGUGAAAACAUACUUUACCUUGUUCGAGAAAAUCCUCAAGCUGUCUGAUGAGUUUAAUGGAGAGAAAAAAGAAGACAAGUUUAUUGGCAAGUCCGAGAAGGGCCGCAAAAACCCUAGAAAGAACUUUAAAAAGGGAAAGAAAGGUGGAAAGUCGGUGAAACCCAACGAGAAAUCCGAAGCAGAAGUUGUUGAAGAAAAAAAUACUAGACUCUUCUCGGCACUCUUGACGGGAUUGAAUAGAGCAUUCCCGUUCUCGGAGCUUCCUUCUUCCGUCUAUGAGUUGCACUUGGAUACUUUAUUCAAAAUCACUCACUCCACAAACUUCAACACCUCGGUUCAGGCCUUGAUGUUGAUCCACCAUAUCAUCACCAGUCAAAAGUUGGACCUGAGUCGUUUCUACAGAACUUUAUACGAAUCUUUGUUAGACCCUCGUCUAGCGCUGUCUUCUAAGCAAGGAAUCUACUUGAAUCUUUUGUUCAAAGCACUCAAAGAUGACAGUGAUAAAGCAAGAGUAAUGGCAUUUGCAAAAAGAAUGCUCCAAAUCAGUGCUCAUUGGAUAAAUGUGGGAGCCAUAGCAGGAAUGAUCUUUUUGUUAUCUCAGUUGUCCAAGACUCUGCCAGAAAUUAGAGACUUGACUAUCGACCCAGCAUCUAGACCUGAUCCUGAAAACGAGCUGAAUGAGCUGAAGGAAGAAUAUGAUGGUAAGAAGCGAGAUCCAAAAUAUGCCAAUGCCCAGAAUUCGUCGUUAUGGGAAAUAGGCAACUUUGUCUCCCAUUAUCAUCCUACAGUUUCUGUCUACGCUUCUUCUUUACUAAGUGGAGAAGAACAACCCAAACCCGACUUGGGUCUCUAUACUUUGGCGCAUUUCUUGGACAGAUUCGUUUACAAAAAUGCCAAAGAGAAAGCCACAUCCAGAGGAAGUUCCAUCAUGCAGCCACUUGGAGGAGCACAAACUGGCUCGUUGCUUGUUAAGGCUUCCAACUUGUCGGGAGGUACUCUUCCAGCCAACACCGAGAACUGGCUUUCCAAAAAAGUUGAAGAUAUUCGUCCCGAUGAAAAGUUCUUUUUCGAGUACUUUACGAGCAAACAGAACAAAUUGAGGGAGAAAGCCGAGACCAAGAAGGCAGAUUUCGAUGAAGACGACGAGAACGAUGACGAAAUUUGGCAGGCAUUGGUCAAUUCGAGACCUGAAGUCGAAGAGGGUUCUGACGAUGGUCUCUCGUUUGACGAGGCAGACUUCCUGGACUACGACGGCAGCGACCUCGGCAGCGAUGCCGAGGUUGAUGAAGAAAAUGAAGAGAUUGAGGAAAAUGAAGAAAUUGAAGAAAUUGAAGACGAAGAAGGAUCCAAGUCUGAUUUAGACGGUCCCGACAUGUUUGGGCUCAAUUUGGAAGACGAGCUCUCCGACGAUGAACCAGCACCUGUACCUAAGAAACGGAGCCGGGAAGAGUCUGGAGAGAAGAAGACCAAAAAGACCAAAUUGAGCAGCUUGCCAGUGUUUGCAUCGGUGGACGAUUACUCGCAGUACUUGGAUUCAGAAGACGACGAAUAG